CCUUUGUUCAUACGCUCCUUAGCUAUACCCCCCAAAAAUUUCAGCUACCCGAGUUUCGAAACCUCCCCAUCUGACUUUCGGUCCAUACUCUCCCUCAAUGCUAGUGUUCUUGAUCUUCCUCCUCGUUUCUGUUGUCCUUCCUUUGACCGUUAGCGCCACCCAUGUCCAUGACAAACGUGGACGCCAUCAAGAACUAGCCCAGCGGGCGCGAGGCGACGUGGGCAUCCACAAACGCACUUUUGACAACGCACGCUUCACCUUUUAUGACGUUGGUUUGGGUGCUUGUGGGCAGUACAGCUCUCCUGGCGAUUUCAUUGUCGCCUUGAACGUUGCCCAAUAUGGCGCAGGUUACCCGGGUCCACAGUGCUUCAAGUCCAUUACUAUUUGGUAUGGAGACAAAUCCGCCCAAGCCACCAUUAUGGAUAAAUGUAUGGGGUGCCCAUACGGUGGGCUUGACUUCUCUACAGGUCUUUUCAAUUACUUCGCUUCUGAAGAUGAUGGCGUCCUUCAUGGAUCGUGGUGGUUUGACGUUUAAUGACGGCGCCAGCAAACUUACACCAGAUGGACGCCCACGUCGGUUCCUCGGGUUGAUUGAUCCUCGCCUACUUACGCACACCGUCGCUACGCUGCUGACACAAACACUACUACCUCCAUUCUAUCUAC